CAUUCGAGUUCUAGACAUCAACAACGUAGCAUACUCAUACUCUUACAAGCAAAGUGAAAAAUUUUGAAAUACGUGAAUAGUGUGACAGCGAUUGUGUUGAAACAAAAUAACCGACGCUUCUUCCCGGUUUGGAUUUUAAUUUCAGGAGAUAUUUAAUAAAAAAAUAAAAUAAACGACAAUGCAUACAUAUAGAUCAUAUGCAGCACAUGUGCACGAUAGCGUGAACCCAGAUCAGAAACCGUUAGUUGGCGAUUUGAUUGCCACACAAUACGUGAAAUCACAGACACCGCCGCCUUCGCCAAACGGAUCCCACUCCAGUCCCGACACAUCACUAAACAGCAGUCGCAUGAGCGGCAAUGACAUACCUACAGAUCCAUCGGUGCGCCGUUAUCGUACCGCCUUCACACGCGAUCAAUUGACACGUCUCGAAAAGGAAUUCUUCAAAGAGAAUUAUGUGUCGCGUCCGCGACGUUGCGAGCUAGCUUCACAAUUAAAUCUGCCCGAAUCGACGAUUAAAGUUUGGUUCCAGAACCGACGCAUGAAGGAUAAGCGCCAACGCAUUGCGGUCGCCUGGCCCUAUGCCGCCGUCUACUCCGAUCCAGCCUUUGCCGCUUCUUUAUUGCAAGCCGCCGCCAACAGUGUGGGCAUGCCAUAUCCACCGUAUGCCGCACCAGCCGCCAAUCCGAUGUUAGCCGCUACCGCUAUGCCAAUGCCCGGCCACUAUGCACCAUACCGUUACAAUCCAUACGCACCGAUGGCAGCACGCGCGGUGCCACCGCCAACAAUGCAACAGCAUCACGGCGUCUCCGCACAUGCCUUGGCCGCCGCAGCCGCCUCAUCGGGUUAUCCCAACGUAUUGGGCGGCAUAGCACCACCACAUCCUGCGUACGGUGCAUUUAACAGUUUGCCACCCAAACAACAGACACCACCACUCGAUUUGCAUUCAUCCGCAUCAUCGCACUCAUCGACGCUCUCGUUGAGUCCCACCGGUUCGGAUCACACCAAAGUUUUCGAACGCACACCGGUGACCGUUGCCAUACCCAGCGCAACCGUAACCAGCAGCCGUAGCAACAGCAGUGCUGAAUUCAUUAGUGUUACACAUGAAAGCAACAACAACACUUUGAUUGCCACAAAUACUAAUGGUACUUUGUAUAACAGCGAACAUAUUGCCACUCCACUGCCUGCCACCAUCAAUGAACUGAGUCAUCAUCUAACCACCACACAGUCGGUUGGUCUAUUGAUGAGCCAAAAUAACGGUACAAGCGGUGCCACCAAACGUCGCGCAUACACGCCACCACAAACAGCUGUCUCAGAGCCGAAACCGAAGCUCUUCAAGCCCUACAAAACCGAGUCUUAAGCGUGCUUAAGUUUCAUGCUUUGGAUGGGUGGGGCAUAGUGGCCAUCACCACUGCAGGUGCAGUAGCAAGCGAGACAGAGAAUGUAGUUGAUUGGUGAGCAGCCGACGGGCUUAAAACUAACGGUGUGGAGUGUGGAAACAGCGUAUAGUCUAAUAAUCAAACAAAUCAAGUGCUGUGAUAAACAAAUUUAUGUGUCUGUAUGUGUGUGUGCUACUAUUUGGGCUUAGUCUGGCAUUAAGUGUUGUUAGUUAUUUAAUUUCCGGUACGAGUUAGUGACUUAAAGUAAUUAAAUAAUAGUGAUUACAGUAAAUUAAGUAUUUAAUAGUAGAAAUCGGCAAAUCCAAGUACCACGGACUGUGGUAGGAGAGGAUAAAUAAAAUAUUAAUACAGGAAAAUGUAAAAUGUUGUGUAAAAUAAUUUUUAAGUAAAUGUAAUUAAUAUAGAUAGUUAUAUAAUUUUGAAGUUAAGACUCAACGAGAGCGUAUUUUAGUUAUGAGUGUAUAAAAAGAAGAAGAAGAAAAAUAAACUGUUUUAUUGUCAUA